AUGGUUCCGCUGGUAAGACGACAUGCCUCGGUACGACACUCCAAGUCUGUACGAGAUCAACACAGAGAACGAAACCUAACCACCCAGGAUAACCACCCCUCAACCUCCAUGCCUGUAACCGAAGUCGCGACCAUUCCGCUCAGAGCCAAUGUUCUGGAGCGAGGAAGCCAAGCAGCUCGUAUCUGGCAGGGCAUGAUCACCACAAUCUCGCAACAAGAUGGCUGCCAGUAUAUUCAUGCCGGACUCGAACAUGAGAGCCCGGACACGGCGCAGUUGUUCAUAGGCUGGGAUACAAUCGAGUCUCACCAGAGGUUUCAAGAUCUUCCUCGCUAUCAGGAGAUGCUAAAGAGCCUGGAACCAAUUCUUGACGGAUCUCCACAGCUCGUCCACUUCGAGCUCAAAAGUCCCAGCAAUCUCACUGCAGCCGUGUCUGCUCCUGUUACCGAGAUCGCAACCGUGUUCCUCCUCGAAAAGACAGAAUCGUUUGGUGAGAAUCUGAGCUCGUUUGCAAAGAUUGUCGACGAACACGCAGAAGGGGCUUCUUCGGGCUGUGCUCAUUCCUGGAUUCUAGAGGACGUCCAGCACGAGAGCCUCGGUGCAGGUGUCAAAGGAAGAGCCUGCCUGCUAGCCAUCGGAUGGUCAUCGAUAUCCGCUCAUCUGGCCUUUAAAGAAACCUGUGCUUUCAGGAAGGGUGUCGAGCUCCUGAAAGACGCACGAGGCUCAGAGAUACACCACACGAUUUUCUCUCCAAUCUAG